AUGAGUAGCUCGGAGUCAGAUCCAGAGGCACUCCUGUCAGAGAGCGCCGGGCAAGAAAGCAAGAGCUCGACUUCCAGCUUGGGCUGCAACUUCUACAUCCUUGCGUUCGAGGAGGCCCUGGUUCUAUAUCUCAUUAUUGCGGUUUUUCGUCAAGAUCUUGAGAAUCGUCCAAACAAGUGGCAGGUCACUGUCAUGCCGCUUGUGGGUCUCUUUGUGUUCCAUGUGUUCUUUCAAUACUUCUUUAGUCCUGACGAUCCCGUCACUGCUGGGUUGGAGGCCAUACAGGACGACAUGGAACAUGCCGACUUCCAGCAGCUUUUUGAUCAGUUGCAUAGUGCCGCGCCGAGUAUCGAGCACGUGGCAGUGGGCAUAAAAACAGGGUCAAAGGCUAUCGGUGGCGGACACAGGCUUUACAAUCAAGUUAAGCACAAGCAAACCGAGUCCCAGACCUUCGCCUUCACAAGCUGGCGAGAUGUGUCAGACCCGGUAUCAGGUUAUGAAGACUAUCCCUUUGCACAUGUGACGAUCACUGCAGAGUAUGAGUGCUUCGACGAGCCAACAGCUACCAAAGCAUCCAUGGAGAAGCAGGCUGUUAUGGCGGAGUGUGCGCGAAAAGCCCCAAGUGGAACUCAAGCCUUCCAUGACAUCAACAAGGUAACGUUGACUCCGAGCAUGGGUGUGAAGCCGGUCGAAGGUAGCCAGGAUUACGCCGUAACCCGCCCGGGCGAGAGCACGCCAUGCUGGCUGUCCCUCAAGGUCUACAAGAUUGGGUCAUAUCUCCUCCCACUGUUUGGGACGUGUUAUCGGUUCCUCUAUGUGCGCACUGUCCCACACCUCCACUACAAGAUCGUCAAGCAGGUGUCCGUGUUGCGGCAGGGAGGUGCGGACUGGCGAGCUCGCUAG